AUGGACCACCAGGCUCCAUCGUCAUCCAAUCAGGACCCUCGUUUCGACUUCAUAGGGUCUUAUGCAGUAAAAUCGCUUAAAUUGAAGCCUGAAAAAUGGAUGAGGGUGCUGGGUUUGGAAGAACACAGGUCCACUUUGAAGGACUUUGUGGACAAGCCUUUGCCCAUGCUUUUGGUGGUGGUCCUGACGAAUGCACUGCAGUUAGUGCCAGUCGUGUCAUUCCCAUGUUACUUGAAGAACAAAGCUGUUUACUUUGUCAAGAAGAAGCCGGAUGCUAUACCGAAGGAAGAUUGCGCGCAGAUGGUUAUUUUUGGCGACCUAGCACCAAGACUAAUAGAUGAGUUAGCCGCACUGGUUGACGAGGUAUUUGUGCCUCUUCUUUCUAACCCGUUGAACCAUCAAGGCUGGCCUCUUGUCGUCUCCCAAGAUAUUCUCAAACAAAUUCACAAUCUCAAGAGCACGGUUUAUGAGGUAAAAGGCAAAGUAAACGGUCAAACAGUGUUACCAAUGCCAGUGGGUGUAGAGCUAGUCCAUGAAGCAGAGAAGGAACUGAUAAGAGGGAAGGAGGUAGACUUGUACUUGAAGAGUGCUAUCGAGGGAGUGGUCAUCAAAUGGGCUCAGCAGAUCAAUGAUGUGAUGAUGGAGGACUCGGCACAGGCAUUUGAUAAUGGACAGAAUCCGUCGCCGAGUGUUGAACUGGCUUUCUGGAAAUCAAGACUCAGUAAUUUGAACUACAUUUAUGACCAGCUACGAACAGAGAGAGUCAGGUGUAUGGCAGUAAUAUUGGAGAAAACGACGUCAGCCUACUAUCCUUGCUUCAGCAGACUGUUUAAGAACAUCGUUUCAGUUUUGGAAUUUCAAAAAUUGGAGAAGAUAGAGAUUGGUGGGAUGAAAGGAAGAGUUCUCGGAGGACAAAUUAGAGAAAUAUCAGCAGAAUUCGAUGCUUAUUUUACUGGGUUUGCCUCAAAGUCAUAUGAUGUACUGGACCCAGACGAUGAAACAUUUAACGAAGAUUUCAAAGCAUUCCAAGAGAACAUUAUUGAUCUGGAUCUAAAACUUUCGACGGUUUUAGUUGAAUCGUUUGAUAAUUGCACGACAUUAGAAUCCAUUUUCAAGUUGAUUGAUGUUGUUGGAUCAGUUUUGGAUCGACCUCUUAUUAGCAAAGAAUUCACAGCAAAGUAUGUGGAGAUCAUAGUUAUGCUUGAAGAAGAAAUUAAUACUUGCGAAGAAUUGUUCAAUGAACAGAGCAACCGUUUGGAGAAAUACGGCAUGAUGGAAGUGGAUGCCUACCUGCCUCCCAUUGCCGGCGGCCUACUGUUCAUGACUACGCUAGCUGCAAGAAUAACCAAGCCUAUAGCUAGCUUUCGCAAUUUGCCGCACCCGAUAAAGGGUACGGAUGAGGCGAAGAAGAUCUUCAUAAGACAUGAGGAAUUGAUUGAGAAAAUCAAUGAGUUUAAAAGGAAAUAUUUCUAUGAUUGGACUCUUACGGUUUCGAAGAUCAUUGAAGAGACAACCAACAAUAUGAUACUAGCACGGCAAGGCUCGGACUUGGUAUUAAAUUUUCAUCCAAUGCUUCUAGAUAUUCUGAAAGAAGUACAUCACUUACGAUCAAAUGAUCAGUACAAAGACAUGCUUCCAGCUGAUGCCUUAGCUAUAUUUGAGAAACAAGAAACGUAUAGACAAUACAGGAUCAAUUUGGGAAUAACAAUAGAUUGGUACAACCAGAUUCGAAAGAACAGCCAAAAAGUGGAAUUUGAUUUGGUAGAAGAUGAAAUAAAGGCUAUUGAUCAGAGAAUUGAAAUGGCACAAAAUAAACUGAAUUGGAAUUCUAAUGUGGAAAUUAAAGAAACUAUGAAAGAUUGGUCAGUGCAGCCAUUGUUUGAACGAAAGGAAGGAAAGAAGGAUACGUUAAUGAAUUUAGAAGAUCGUCCUGACAGGAAAGAUAAACGUUAUAAUGACAUCAUUAGUACAGCUAAUCGAAUCAAUGAAUUGCUGAAUGAGAACAUGGAACUAUUUAACAUGCAAAAUAACCAAAAUAGUGAAAUUUGGAUGAACUACGUCGCGUUUAUUGAUGCGUUGUUGGAGGAAGCAUUGUUUAAAACUAUUGCAUGCAGUUUGGGCUACAUAACAGAACACAUGAAUCCUAAAAACAAAUUAUCUCCAUUAUUUGAAGCUCAGCUGGAACUUUUAGACCCAGACAUGGUAUUCGUUCCAAGCUUAGAUCCAAGUGAUGAGAAAGGUUUCACAGCAUUAAUAAAGAGCCUUAUUGAGGAUGUAGUAAAUAUGUCUACGUUGAUCGAGAGAAUUGAUAAGCAGAAAGAGCAGACAUAUGAGAAGGAAAUUAUUGGCAGUGAUGAUGUUAUUGAGAUGAAGGAAGAAAUUUUGAAUGGGAUCGAAAAGGUCAUUGAGGAUGCAAAUGAAUUUUGCAAAACCUUUGAGAACUAUUCCUACUUAUGGCUUGAAGAAAGAGAUGCUGUGAUGGAAAUAUUCCUGACAUACGGCAGGAUUCUAACUCCUGAUGAAGUGGACAAACUAGCUCUGGAAGAAAAAGAUAGAAUAGAAGGCGAUGUUCCAGUGCCAUGUGAACCUAAAAUGGAAGCUUUUAGAGAGCAAAUUGAUCAUUAUGAAAACUUGUUCAUGGAAAUUGAGGAUAUGCAGCCUUAUAAAAUCUUCAAUAACUGGUUUCAGGUGGAUGUUCGACCGUUCAGGCAAGCUUUACUGAACACUGUAAGGAAAUGGGGCAAUAUGUACAAAGAGCAUUUGGUCAACAAAGUGACUUGCAGUCUCAGUGACUUAGGGAACUUUAUAAGGGACGCUGAUGAAGGCUUACUACAACCAGUACCAGAAGGAGACUACGAAGCACUCGUCAGAAUAAUGGGGUACCUGAUGCAUGUAAAGGAUCGGACAGUUACCACCGAUGACAUGUUCCAACCACUAACGGAGACCAUUGAACUCCUGAAGUUCUACGACAUGGAUAUACCGGAAGAAGUCAAUGUAUUGCUGCAGGAACUACCCGAGCAAUGGCAAGCAACAAAGAAAUUGGCGCUGACGGUGAAACAGCAAGUAGCACCGUUGCAAGCUGCUGAAGUAUCUGGAAUAAGAAAGAAGAUAUCAACUUUUGAUAGCCAUGUCACGUACUAUAGAGAAGUGUUCAAACGAUAUGAGUUCUUCAAAUAUGACUGUGAAGAUCCUUACGAAGUGAUGUCGAGAGUAGAUUUUGAAUUAUUAUACCUGGAAGAAGAGAUGAGGAGCAUACAGGAGUCAGGAUCCUUGUUCGAAGUAAACGUCCCAGAGUUCAAAUUGUUAAAGCAAUGUAGGAAGGAAUUAAGGAUGUUAAAGCAACUUUGGGAUUACGUAUACAUUGUAAGAACUAGCAUAGAAGAUUGGAAGACUACACCAUGGCGUAAAAUAGACGUUGAAAAUAUGGAUAUUGAAUGCAAAAAGUUUGCUAAAGAGAUUCGAUUACUUGACAAGGAGAUGAGGAGUUGGGAUACAUACAUAACCUUGGAAGCCACAGUAAAGAAUAUGCUCACAUCAUUGCGAGCAGUCGGUGAGCUCCAAAACCCAGCGAUCAGGGAAAGGCAUUGGGACCAACUGAUGAGUACAACUAAGAGCUUAGCAGCAUUACCACGUGAGCUCACUGUAAGAAUCGUAAUGGAUAUGAAUACGACGUUGGCUGAUUUACUUGCCCUGAACUUACACGAAUGUGAAGAAGAGGUCAAGAAUAUUGUAGAUAAAGCUGUAAAAGAGAUGUCUAUGGAGAAGGUAUUGAAAGAUUUGCAUACUACAUGGAGUCAUUUGGAGUUUGAACAAGAGGUUCAUGCUCGUACACAGUGUACGCUACUGAGAGCUAGUGAAGAGCUUAUUGAGACUUUAGAAGAAAAUCAGGUCCAACUGCAAAACUUGAUAACAUCAAAGUUCAUAGCGUAUUUCUUGGAAGAAGUAUCAGGCUGGCAGCAAAAACUAUCUAUUGCUGAUCAAGUGAUCACAGUGUGGUUUGAAGUUCAAAGAACUUGGACACAUUUAGAGAGUAUUUUCAUGAGCUCAGAAGAUAUUAGAAAACAGCUGCCUGAAGAUUCCGCUAGGUUCGAUAGGAUUGAUGCUGAGUUCAAAAUUUUAUCAGCUGAAAUGGCGAAAACUCCAAAUGUAGUAAAAGGUACUAAUAAAGAAGGCUUGGUGGAACAUUUAGACAGCAUACAGAAAGAUCUCAUAAUUUGUGAGAAAGCUUUAGCAGAGUAUUUGGAAACAAAGAGAUUGGCAUUCCCAAGGUUCUAUUUUGUGUCUUCUGCAGAUUUAUUGGACAUUUUGUCUAAUGGAAAUCAAGCCGAUUUAGUUAUCAGACAUUUAACAAAACUGUUUGAUUCCAUUGCUAAGCUGAAAUUCAUUGAGGAUCAAAAACCUGGUGAAAAGGUAGCUUCAGGCAUGAUUGCAAAGGACGGAGAGCUGGUUCCCUUUCAUGGAACUUGCGAUUGUACUGGAGCUGUUGAAAUAUGGCUGAACAGACUACAAGACAUGAUGAGAUCAACCAUCAGACACUACUUCGGAGAAGCGAUUGUAUCAUACGAAGAAAAACCAAGAGAACAGUGGCUCUUUGAUUUCAUGGCCCAAGUAUCAUUAUGUGGGUCCCAAAUCUGGUGGACUACUGAAGUCAAUAUGGCCUUUGCGAGACUGGAAGAAGGAUAUGAUAAUGCUUUGAAGGAUUAUUACAAGAAGCAGUUAUCUCAGCUCAGUACAUUAAUUUCGUUGCUCAUAGGAGAGCUGACGAAGCAAGACAGACAGAAGAUCAUGACGAUUUGUACUAUUGAUGUCCAUUCAAGAGAUGUUGUUAGUAAAAUGAUUCAGGCCAAGGUGGAGGCUGGGUCAGCAUUCCAGUGGCAGUCGCAGCUUCGACACAGAUGGGGCGAGAAAGAAUACCAUUGUUUUGCAAAUAUCUGUGACGCGCAGUUUACAUACAGCUAUGAAUAUUUGGGUAACACUCCGAGAUUGGUGAUCACACCGCUGACUGAUCGGUGUUACAUCACCCUGACUCAAUCUUUACAUCUAAUCAUGGGUGGCGGUCCUGCCGGACCAGCCGGUACUGGCAAGACUGAGACAACAAAGGAUCUAGGAAGAGCUCUUGGCAUCAUGGUAUAUGUCUUCAACUGCUCUGAACAGAUGGACUAUCAGUCUUGCGGAAAUAUAUACAAAGGGCUCGCACAGACGGGUGCGUGGGGAUGCUUUGAUGAGUUCAACCGAAUCUCUGUAGAGGUGCUGUCUGUAGUAGCUGUGCAAGUGAAGUCUGUUCAGGAUGCUAUCAGGGACAAGAAAGAAAAAUUCAAUUUUAUGGGAGAAAUAAUAUCACUAACUCCAUCUGUUGGUAUUUUCAUCACCAUGAACCCUGGUUACGCCGGUCGUACAGAAUUGCCUGAGAAUCUAAAGGCUUUGUUCAGACCAUGUGCUAUGGUCGUUCCAGACUUUGAACUUAUUUGCGAGAUCAUGUUGGUGGCUGAAGGGUUCCAGGAAGCGAAGAUCUUGGCUAGAAAGUUCAUCACAUUGUAUACUCUGUGUAAGGAGUUACUGUCAAAGCAGGAUCAUUAUGAUUGGGGAUUGAGGGCUAUUAAGUCUGUGCUGGUUGUUGCUGGGUCUUUAAAGAGAGGUGAUCCAGGAAGACCUGAAGAAGAAGUACUCAUGAGAACUCUCCGUGAUUUUAACAUACCAAAAAUAGUAACAGACGACAUGCCAGUAUUCAUGGGACUUAUAGGAGAUUUGUUCCCCGCUCUAGAAGUACCAAGAAAACGAGACCUGGAAUUUGAACGGACAGUUAAACAGGCAGCAAUGGACCUUUCUUUACAACCAGAAGACAACUUCAUUCUAAAAGUGGUUCAGUUGGAAGAAUUACUCGAAGUUCGUCAUUCGGUCUUCAUAGUCGGUAAUGCUGGUACAGGAAAGACUCAAGUAUGGAAAACUCUAUUCAAAACUUACCAGAAUGUUAGGAAAAAACCUAUAUAUAACGAUUUAAAUCCUAAAGCAGUGACUAAUGAUGAAUUGUUUGGUAUUAUAAAUCCAGCUACUAGAGAAUGGAAGGAUGGUUUACUCUCUGUAAUUAUGAGGGAUCAAGCCAAUUUGGCUGGAGAUAAUCCAAAAUGGAUAUUACUUGAUGGAGACAUUGAUCCUAUGUGGAUUGAAUCUUUGAACACUGUGAUGGAUGACAAUAAGAUCUUGACACUUGCUAGCAAUGAGCGUAUUGCUUUGACUCCUGUAAUGAGGCUGAUGUUUGAGAUUUCUAAUUUACGUACUGCCACUCCGGCUACGGUAUCUAGGGCUGGUAUUCUAUACAUCAAUGCACAGGAUUUAGGAUGGAAUCCAUACGUAACAAGUUGGGUAGAAACAAGAAAAAUACCAGCAGAGAAGUCCAAUCUCGUCGUCCUCUUUGACAAAUAUAUUCCAUCUUGUUUAGAGACAGUGAGGACCCGCUUCAAGAAGAUUACUCCUAUAGUGGACAUGGCUCAUGUACAGAUGCUUUGUCACCUCCUGAACUGCCUAUUUGUACCGGAGAAUACACCGGCUGAAUGUCCAAAGGAAUGGCAUGAUAUCUUCUUUGUUUUCGCUUGUGUUUGGGCCUUUGGAUCUGCUAUGUUCCAUGAGGGCAGUGUUGAUUAUAGAAUUGAAUUUUCAAAAUGGUGGAAUAAUGAAUUCAAAACUGUGAAAUUUCCGCCUGGUGGUACAGUAUUUGAUUACUACAUAGACCAUGAUACAAAGCAGUUCACUCCCUGGACGGAGAAGAUUCCAAAGUUUGAACUGGACACUGAUGUUCCUUUGCAGGCCGUUUUGGUGCCAACAGCGGAAACUAUAAGAGUUCGGUUUUUCUUAGACUUGCUGAUGAAGAAUAAGCACCCAGUAAUGUUAGUGGGAAGCGCUGGUUCUGGCAAGACUGUUCUUGUCAAUGAAAAGUUACAAGGAUUAUCAGAAGCCUACGCAAUACAAUCAGUGCCAUUCAAUUUCUACACGUCAUCAGAGAUGUUGCAGAAGAUUCUAGAGAAACCUUUAGAGAAAAAAGCUGGUAGGAAUUAUGGUCCACCGGGGAAUAAGACUCUAGUAUACUUCAUAGAUGACAUGAAUAUGCCUGAAGUAGAUGCUUAUGGUACGGUGCAACCCCAUACGAUUAUCCGUCAACAUAUGGACUAUGGGCAUUGGUAUGAUCGUACCAAAUUAUCCUUGAAAGAUAUCCACAACACCCAAUACGUGUCUUGCAUGAACCCCACUUCAGGCAGUUUCACUAUAAACCCAAGGUUGCAAAGACAUUUCUGCGUGUUUGCUAUCAGUUUUCCCAAUACUGAAGCUCUGAAUAACAUCUACCAUUCGAUCUUGAGUCAGCAUCUUAUCAAUCCGGAGUUGAGGAUCAAUCCGCAGAUAGCAAAAUUGUCGACGAAUGUGGUGCAGGCUACAAUUACUUUACACAACAAAAUAUCUCAAGUGUUCUUACCGACGGCAAUCAAAUUCCACUACAUAUUUAACCUUCGGGAUCUAUCUAAUGUCUUCCAGGGUUUCCUGUUCAGUACAAAUGAAUGUAUAGAGAAUACGUCAGACAUACUACGGUUGUGGCUGCAUGAGACAAGUCGUGUGUACGGCGAUAAGCUGACUGAAGAAAAAGAUAUCGAUGCUUUCCUCAAAGUUCAAGUUGAUAUCUGUAAGAAGAAUUUUGAGCUGAACAAGUUGCUGACUGAAGCCAUGGCGAGCUACAACGAUCUCAUCGCUGCUAUGAACUUGGUGCUGUUUGAGGAUGCUAUGAUGCAUAUUUGCAGAAUUUCUCGUAUCCUUGAAAGUCCUAGAGGUAGUGCAUUACUGGUUGGUGUAGGUGGUUCUGGUAAACAGUCACUGUCUCGACUAGCAGCUUUCAUAUCCAGUUUGGAAGUGUUACAAAUACAGCUGAAAAAGGGAUAUGGAGUCUCAGAUUUGAAGAAUGAACUAUCUCAAUUAUACAUAAAAACUGGUCUGAAGAACGUUGGCAUAAUGUUCUUGAUGACGGACGCUCAAGUAGCCAAUGAACAGUUCUUGGUUCUCAUCAAUGAUUUGCUGGCAUCUGGUGAAGUAGCUGAUUUAUUCCCUGAUGAUGAGAUGGAAAAUAUUAUUGCUGGUGUGAGGAAUGAGGUAAAAGGUGCAGGCUUACCAGACACAAGAGAAACGUGCUGGAAAUUCUUUAUAGACAGAGUUCGUAAACAAUUGAAAGUGGUUCUUUGUUUCUCUCCUGUGGGCUCCACUUUGAGGGUGCGAUCUAGAAAGUUCCCCGCGUUGAUCAAUUGUACGUCUAUCAACUGGUUCCACGAGUGGCCGCAGGAAGCUUUGGUGUCUGUUGCCAUGAGGUUCUUGGAGGAACUCGAUAAUCUGCCGGUAACGCUCCGAGACUCAAUAUCCAGAUUCAUGGCGUACGUCCACACUUCAGUGAAUACCAUGUCUAAAGCAUACUUAGCUAAUGAGAGGAGGUAUAACUACACGACACCCAAGAGUUACCUCGAACAAAUCAGCUUGUAUGCUAAACUGGUUAAUAAUAAAACUGAUGAACUACGCGCAAAAAUUGUUAGAUUGGAAAAUGGUCUCGAGAAGCUUCGCAGUACAUCAUGCCAAGUAGACGCACUAAAGGAAAAGUUAGCAGUACAAGAAAUAGAGCUACAUCAAAAGAAUGAAGCAGCUGACAAACUUAUUGAAAUGGUCGGCGUUGAAACUGCUAAAGUACAGAGCGAGAAGGCACUUGCGGACGAGGAGGAAGAGAAAGUAGCAGUGAUAGCUGAAGAGGUAUCUAAGAAGCAGAAAGAUUGUGAGGAAGACUUGAUAAAAGCAGAACCAGCGCUAGUAGCAGCUCAGGAAGCUUUGAACACUUUGAAUAAAGCUAACCUUACUGAGUUGAAGUCUUUUGGUUCACCGCCUGGAGCCGUGACUAAUGUCACUGCAGCUGUAAUGGUGUUACUUGCUCCUGGAGGAAAAAUACCUAAGGAUAGGAGCUGGAAGGCUGCUAAGGUGGUCAUGGCAAAAGUGGACGUGUUCCUUGAGUGCCUUAUAAAUUAUGACAAAGAAAACAUCCAUCCUGAUGUCAUAAAAGCUAUUCAGCCUUACUUGAAGGACUCUGAAUUUGAACCAGAGUUUGUAAGAUCAAAAUCGGCUGCAGCUGCUGGUCUUUGCGCUUGGGUCAUCAACAUUAUAAAGUUUUAUGAAGUGUUCUGUGAUGUUGAGCCCAAAAGAAAAGCUCUUGCGGCUGCUAAUGCAGAGUUGGCAGCUGCUACUGAAAAAUUGAGAUCUAUUAAAGCCAAAGUUGCCCCGCCUAUCCCAAUAACAGAAGGUCUGGAUCCACUGACAAUGUUAACAGAUGAUACCACAAUAGCAAUGUGGCAGAAUGAAGGAUUACCUUCUGAUCGCAUGAGUACUGAGAACGCCACAAUUCUUUCUAAUUCUGAUCGGUGGCCGCUUAUGAUAGACCCUCAAUUACAAGGUGUGAAAUGGAUAAAACAAAAGUACGGAGACAAGUUACGAGUGAUUAGAUUAGGACAAAGAGGUUAUUUAGACACAAUUGAGAAAGCGAUAAUAAAGGGAGAGACUGUCCUGUUUGAAAACAUUGGUGAGACCGUGGAUCCUGUCCUUGAUCCAUUGUUGGGAAGAACCCUGAUCAAGAAAGGAAGAGCAAUUAAAAUAGGAGACAAAGAAGUUGAAUACAGUCCGAACUUCAGACUAAUUCUACAUACAAAAUUGGCUAACCCACAUUAUAAGCCUGAGAUGCAAGCUCAAACGACUCUAGUCAACUUCACGGUAACUCGUGAUGGUUUAGAAGACCAAUUGCUAGCAGAAGUAGUAAAAGCAGAAAGACCAGAUUUAGAAGAUUUGAAAGCAGAACUAACUAAACAGCAGAAUCAGUUUAAGAUCCAGUUGAAGUCGCUAGAAGAUGAUUUACUAUCAAGGUUAUCUUCAGCUGGUGAUGAUAUACUUGGUGAUACGGCUUUAGUAGAGAACUUGGAGACUACUAAGAAGACUGCUGCUGAUAUUGAGAAAAAGGUGGCCGAAGCAAAAAUAACUUCCCGAGAGAUUGAUGUGGCUCGUGAAUUCUACAGACCGGCCUCAGCAAGAGCGUCGUUAUUGUACUUCAUUCUGAACGAUCUUAAUACAAUCAACCCUAUCUACCAGUUCUCUCUUAAGGCAUUUAGCGUAGUAUUCCAAAAGGCGAUAUCUCGUGCGGAGCCUGCAGAUGAACUUGGUCCUAGAAUCAAAAACCUUAUUGAUUGCAUCAGUUUUUCAGUGUAUCAGUACACUUCUCGUGGAUUGUUUGAAUGUGAUAAACUUAUAUUUGCAUCACAGAUGACCUUUCAGGUACUUCUCAUGAGUGAAGAAGUAUCAUCAGUGGAAUUAGACUUCUUUCUCCGGUUUCCUAUAAAGCCUCAUGUGACUAGUCCAGUAGACUUCUUAUCAAACCACAGCUGGGGUGGUAUCUGCUCUCUGGCUGGUAAAGAAGAGUUCAGGAACUUGGAUAGAGAUAUUGAGACGUCACCUAAACGGUGGAAGAAGAUUGUUGAAGUAGAAUGUCCUGAGCGGGAGAAGUUUCCUCAGGAAUGGAAAAAUAAACCAGCUCUUCAGCGUCUUUGCAUGCUAAGAGCAUUAAGACCAGACAGAAUGACGUAUGCUGUAGCAGCAUACAUAGAGGAAAAAAUGGGCGCUAAAUAUGUUGAAAAUAGGACAGUGGAGUUUAGUAAAUCGUUUGAAGAGACCAGUCCGACUACACCGAUAUUCUUCAUUCUAUCUCCUGGUGUAAAUCCGUUGAAGGACGUGGAAGCUUUGGGGAAGAUCAUGGGGUUCACAGCCGAUAAUGGGAACUUCCAUAACGUGUCUUUGGGUCAGGGGCAGGAGAUAGUGGCUGAACAGGCGAUGGAUAUAGGCUUGCAGAAAGGACACUGGGUGGUGUUACAGAACAUCCAUUUAGUAAAGAAAUGGCUGCCAAGUCUGGAAAAGAAGAUGGAGAGCUUUGCAAAUGGUUGUCAUGAUGAUUUCCGUCUAUUCAUGUCAGCUGAACCAGCAGCCACUCCUGCAGCUCAUAUCAUACCUCAGGGUAUACUGGAGUCCAGUAUUAAAAUCACUAAUGAACCGCCUACUGGCAUGCAGGCUAACAUUCACAAAGCUCUAGACAAUUUUAACCAAGAGACUUUAGAGAUGUGUGGCAAGGAGGCUGAGUUUAAAGCGAUACUGUUCGCUCUCUGUUACUUCCACGCCGUGGUCGCUGAGAGACGCAAGUUUGGGCCACAGGGCUGGAACAAGAUUUAUCCUUUUAAUGUUGCGAAUGCGAGAGUACCUUGGGAGGAUCUUAGGUACUUAUUCGGAGAGAUUAUGUAUGGAGGACAUAUUACUGACGAUUGGGAUAGAAGACUCUGCAAUGCGUACUUGGAGGAAUUGAUGCAGCCUGAUCUAGUCGAUGGCGAGCUCCAACUAGCUCCAGGGUUCCCAGCUCCUCCGAACACAGACUACGUGGGCUAUCACCAGUACAUAGAAGAUGCCAUGCCAGCAGAAUCUCCCUACCUCUACGGCUUACAUCCUAACGCUGAGAUCGGGUUCCUCACGACUACUUCUGAAAAUCUAUUUAGAACUAUAUUUGAGAUGCAGCCAAGAGAUGCUCAAGCUUCUGGUGCAGCUACCGUUACUAGAGAGGAUAAGGUAAAACAAAUGUUAGACGAGAUAAUAGAGAAGUUGCCAGAAGAGUUUAACAUGACGGAAAUAAUGGGGAAGGUUGAGGAGAGGACGCCGUACGUGAUAGUGGCAUUCCAGGAGUGUGAGCGGAUGAACUAUCUUACGGGAGAGAUGAAGAGGUCGCUUAGAGAAUUGGACUUGGGACUUAAGGGUGAAUUAACUAUCACAUCGGAUAUGGAAGAUUUGGAAAAUGCUUUGUUCUUAGACCAGGUGCCAGCGAUUUGGUCUAGUCGUGCGUAUCCAUCGUUGCUAGGUCUCUCUGCCUGGUUCGUGGACCUCACGCUAAGACUACGAGAACUAGAAACGUGGGCUACAGACUUUGUGCUACCAGCAUCAGUAUGGUUGGGUGGUUUCUUCAACCCUCAAAGCUUACUGACUGCCAUCAUGCAGAGUACAGCGCGCAAGUAUGAACUACCUCUUGACAAGAUGUGCUUGCAGUGUGACGUCACCAAGAAGAUGAAAGAAGAAUUCACGAUCGCCGACACCAGGUCAGCACCACGCGAUGGUGCCUUUGUUCAUGGUCUCCUAAUGGAAGGAGCUCGCUGGGACCAGCAAGCUGGCAUCAUAAUGGACUCUAAGCUUAAAGACCUGUUUCCUCCGAUGCCUGUUAUAAAUGUUCGGGCCGACAUUUCGCCGGGUGGUAAGCGAUGA